UCAAAGAUGGUUUCGCUUUUACUGGCAACUUCUUCAUUCAGAUUGAACUGUGGAGUAUGUGAUGGAUAGUUGGAAGAAAGCGGUUUUUCUUGCCUGCCUGUAUGGAUUCUUGAAAGAGUUCUGUCCCCUGGUGCCCUUCUUCACACCAUACCUGACUGAACAAUCUGGUGUGACAAGAGAUGAUGUUUUUACAGAGAUCUAUCCAGUUAAAACCUAUACACUGUUUGCUGCACACUUCUGCACCCUGCUGGUCGCAGAUUUGUUGCUGUACAAACCAGUAAUAGUGUUUGGAGCCAGUGCUUCCAUCGCGGUCUGGUACCUGCUGGGAUGGGGAUGCAGGCUGAGUCUGUUGCAGGUUUCGCAGUUUGCUAGUGGUCUGUGUCAGGCCUCAGAAGUGGCAUUUUUUGCGUACAUUUUUGCCAUUAGCAGCACCGCAAACUAUCGAAAGGUGGCCGGUUUGUCCAGAUCGGCAAUUCUCCUCGGCCAGUGUUUGUCGUAUUCCUUGGGCCAGAUUACUCUGUCGUUAUCAUCCAACGAUGUGCGGACUCUGGUUUACGUGUCGCUGGGUAGUGUAGUCUUAGCUUUCGUCAUCAGUGUGGUGAUACCCGGCCCGAGGUUUUCUCCUUAUCUCCAUACAUGGGUUGUACAGAGAGAGCUGCUGGCGCCAUCCGGGUUGCAGCGGUCACCCGAAAAUGGAAACCCGUACCGUUUUCCGACACCUACCAGUAUCCAUGGCAACGGUUCCUCUGCCAGUACCUGCAAUCUCAUUUCCGGAUUGGAUGGACUCUACGAUCAUAGGCCAGCAUCAGCUAACCAACAGUUUGCCGGGUUGGAUUUCCCCUCUGGGUAUAUGCCCAGUAGUUCCCACAUGUACAGUGACAUAGAUACCAGCUCGCUGGGUUAUGCUUACAGUGACGGGAAUUCCGACAUUUCCGACACGUCCAUUAACGAAGAACGAACGAGUCCGGUAGCUAAAGAAUCGAGAUUGUCAAACUGCAGACAGGUUUGUUCUGCGAGUCUUAUCAUUGUUUGGAAAGAUCUGUCUGAAGCGUACAGAAAUAAAACUAUUGUCGUCUGGUCAUUGUGGCUAGUGGCAGCUUUGUGUGUGGAUUUUCAUGUCAGACUUUACAGUGAGAAAUUGUGGGAUAGUUUUGGAGUGGUUGACGAGCAGAGUGGCAGCUAUUUAUACAGUGGAGCUGCACAAGCACUGGCUGCAUUACUGGGUACGGUUCUCUCUCUAGUGGUGGGAUUCACACAGGUCAACUGGCACAAGUAUGAGGAGUUGAUCGUCGGGGUUGUCAUGGUGAUCAGUUCAGCCGUGCUGGUUGUUAUGUCUCACACCGACGUCUGGUCAGCCUACACAUUCUACGUUGUAUUCCUUGCGGUAUUCCAGAUGCUUUCCACUGUUGCUAUGUUUCAGAUCGCAGGUCAGCUGACGUGUCAGAGAUUUGGUCUCGUGUUUGGACUCAACUCCUUCCUGUCCAUGUUUGUUGAAGUUAUCUUUGUUUUGGUGGUCGUCAACUCCAGCAAUCAGGCUUUCAGUGUCAAAACACAGUUUGCUGUGUACAGUGGAUUCCUGGGCUUGGGAGGUCUGCUUUUUCUCAUCCGAGCGUUACACAGUUCUAUUCAUAACAGAUACAGCAUUUGUUGUCGUUGGCGGCCGACACAUGAUGAUCCAGAGACUCUUGUCGAGGAGCAGAGAUAGUUCUCAUUGGACACGGAGUCCACUUGCUGCUGAUGAAAAAAGCAUAUCAUGUGUGGCAGGAGCAGAUUUGUUUUUACGAGAUAUAGGUAUUGCUUUUCUGGCAGUGGCGGCGCUGGUGUCAACUUUUGUGUUCAAGUUUUGUGUUUAAAGUCCUAUAGUCCAUCCCAUUCUCCUACAAAAAUGUUUUUGUUAAUAGUUUCAGUUAACACUCACACUAGAACACACGUGCACACACCUUGUUGUUAUAUUUAAUAGUCAGUUUGGUUUGACGUAAGAAAAAAAGUAAAAGUGUUUUGGAAAUGACACAAAAUUACAAUUUUUAUAUGCAAGCUACAAAAUAAUCUGCUGAGAAAAAAACAACUUGUAGUAAAUUUCAUAGUAUGAAAAAAGGCGUUUCCUGUGGGAUGGACUAUAGAUUUUUGAAACUUGGUUUAUAGUAGGAUAUUCAUCACAGCUAGUGCACUGAAAACGUUUAUGGUAGGCAAGACAUUUAAUUCUGUGGAAUUCUUGCUGUCUGUGAUUCGCUAGACUAUUGUUUCUUGGCCAGAUAUACCAGAUGACUCAAACAUCCUGGUAUUUGGUUACAGUCUCUCACUCUCUCUGUCUCUAUUUGUCUCUCUGUCUCUGUCUGUCUCUCUCUCUCUCUCUCUUUCUCUCUUUCACUCUCUCUCUCUCUCACUCUCAUUGUCACUCUCAAACUCACUCU